AUGGCUAUCAAUUCCCAAACACUUAACGUCUUUCAAUUAGGAAUUGGGUUUUUCUUUGUUUUUCUUGCCUUCAAUUCACAAGGAUUUAUCGAAGAAUCUGUUCUAGAUUCGUUUGUUGCACAAGGAGUGGUGAAAAGGCAUGAUGGAUAUACCAGCCUAGCAAUUAUUUAUGCUUCAUUUACUCUACUCAAUAUAGCUGCUGCACCAAUUGUGGGCAUUCUUGGAACUCGUUGGGCAUUACUUUUUGGAGCCUGUACUUAUGCACUCUUUCAAGCUGGAUUUUUAUUUUUGAAUCGUUUUUAUUUAUUUGGGUCUUCUGCUUUGCUUGGAUUGGGGGCUGCUGUAAUAUGGACAGCCCAAGGAAAAUAUUUAGCACUUAAUAGCCAACCAGAAACAGCAGGAAAACACAGUGGUUUAUUUUGGGCAUUAUCACAAGCAUGUCAAGUCUGUGGAGGAAUAUUCCUAUCAAUUGUAUUUUUACUUCAUCAACAUUCAAAUCCUGAAGAACACUAUCAUUUUGGCAGCAAUUUUGCUCCCUCAACAGUCAAAUUACUUUAUGCAGUAUUUACUGGAAUUACAGUUUUGGGUGCUCUAAUUUUGGGAUUGUUACCUUUAAAUGCUGAAAAUGUUGGAAAUAAUAGGAGAAGACAUGGAGAAGAUUCUCCUUCACCUUCUGAAUUGCUUGAUCCAAUUAUUAACCCAAUUUCGAAUCAACCAACUGGAGAAGCUAAUAUUCUUGAUAAUGAGAAUGGAGCUGAACCUAAUAAUAUUUUAACAUCUAUUUUGUCUAUGAUUAGUAGUGUUUAUUCCCUAAAACGUUAUCGCGAAUUGUCCGUAAAUUUAAAAGUUUGCAACUUUUGUCCGCAAAUUUUUUUUUAUUUUUUAAUGAGAAAAAAGUUUAAAAAUAUUAAAAAUAUCUUUUCUAUAUCUUUAUUUUAUUGGAAAUAUCUUUCACUGUUUUUUAAAAUUAAUUGCAAAAAUUUUUUUUUGGUUAAGUGGAAUGGUUAUGGGUUUGUACCCUCUCCGGUUAUGGGUUCGAUCCCUCUCCGGAUCAAAAUAGAAUCAACAUUUAUUCUCGCCAAAACAUCAAAAAUGUUGUUAUUAUCAAUUCCAUUUAUGUAUACUGGAAUUGUUGUUAGUUUUUGGAGUUCAAUAUAUCCAACAAGUAUAGCAAAUACAGAAUUAUUUCAAUUAAAUCAAGGUGUUGACCCGAAAAUUUUAUUGGCUUUAAAUGCUAUAAUUCAAGGAGUUGGACAAAGUAGUGCCGGUCUUUUAUUUGGAAUAUUUGGUGUUAGAACAACAAGAAUACUUACAAAAUCAAAUAUUGUUUUAAUUGGCUCUUCUCUACAAUUAUUAGCCUAUUUUGCUAUUUUUGCAAGUAUUCCUGGAGAUGCUUCAUUAGGGAAAACAUUUGAAGAAGGAUAUUUAAUUUAUCCAAGAAUUUGGAUAGCUUUACUUUCUGGAUUUUUAAUUGGUUUUGGUGAUUCUUGUUGGAAUACACAAAUAUUUUCUCUAUUAAUUUCUCAUUAUUCACAACAUCAAAGUGCUUCAGCCUUUUCUCUAUUUAAAUUUUAUCAAUCAUUGUUAACUUUUUUGGCAUUUUUAUAUGCUUCUCUACUCUCUCUAUAUUGGCAUUUAUUAUUUCUUUUUGUUGGUUCAAUACUAGCUUUGUUUAGUUUUAUUUUUGUUGAAAGAACUAGUCAACAAACAACAAAUAAUGUUGAUAUUUCUGAAGAACAACAUGAUAUUAAUUAA